ACGUCUCCACAAUGAACCACCCAUUUAACCCCCAUAUUUUCAACUCUUAUCCCAGCUUCUUCCUAUAUAUCUCCACAAAUUAAUCAAAGAAAAACCCAACCUUGAGAAAAGAAAUACCAAGACCAAAUGCAAUAAUGACAAGACUAGGCUCAAUUUUCAGUCAUGAUUCUCUUUACUUAUUACACAUGUUGGCUCUUCUUCUUCUUUUACAAGCUUGCCCGCAGAUUGCAUUUUCUCACUCAAUGGUUAAGUUUCUUCCUGGGUUCCAGGGCCCUCUUCCUUUUGAGCUCGAAACUGGGUAUGUGGGAGUUGGUGAAUCAGAGGAAGUGCAACUCUUCUACUACUUUGUCAAGUCCGAAAGCAAUCCUAAAAAGGACCCCCUCGUGCUGUGGCUAACCGGUGGCCCCGGUUGCUCUGCCUUGUCCGGGCUUGUCUUUGAAAUAGGUCCAUUGAAUUUUAAGGUAGAGGAAUACAAUGGGAGCCUGCCAAAGUUGGUCUUAAAUCCGUACUCUUGGACAAAGGUAUCUAGCAUAAUAUUUGUAGACUCGCCCGUUGGCACUGGAUUUUCCUAUGCAAAAAAUUCGAUUGCUGAUCGGUCAGACGACUUCAAACAAGCACACCAGCUCCACCAAUUUCUGAUUAGAUGGCUGAUUGACCAUCCAGAAUUUGUCUCGAAUCCGGUCUAUAUUGCUGGGGAUUCAUACUCUGGCAUUCCCGUUCCAAUCCUUGUUCAACAAAUCUCAACUGGAAAUGAAGGAGGUAUUGAACCAUUGAUAAAUCUCCAGGGAUACUUACUAGGAAAUCCUAUUACAGACCUAGGUUCAGAUGGAAAUUCAGCAAUCCCUUACGCUCAUGGACUGGGACUCAUUUCUGAUGAACUCUAUGAGUCAUUGAAGAGAAGUUGUGGAGGAGAAUAUAUAAUUAUAAAUCUAGAAAAUGCAGAGUGUAUGCAACAUGUUCAGGAAUUCUAUGAGUGUCUUUCAGGAAUUAAUACUGCACAAAUUUUGGAACCUAUAUGCAGUUUUGCUUCUCCUAAGCCACAUGCUAUGUUUGAUAAGAGAAGGUCUCUUUAUGAAAACCUGAAAGCAUUCCUCAACUCGGACUCGUCAGAUCCUCAAUUAGGCUGUCGUAGUUACGGAUAUUUGCUUUCACGUUAUUGGGCUAAUGAUGAUGAUGUCCGCAAAGCUCUUCACAUACGACAGGGAAGCAUAGGGGAAUGGCAGCGUUGCAAAUCUGAAUUGUAUUACAUACCAGAUGCUGCAAGCAGUUUUGUGUAUCACGUUAACAUCAGUACUAAAGGCUACCGUUCUUUAAUAUACAGUGGAGAUCAUGAUAUUACUGUGCCAUUCCUGGGGACUCAAGCAUGGAUUAGAUCUUUAAACUAUUCCAUUGUCGAUGAAUGGAGAUCAUGGAACGUCCAGGGCCAAGUUGCAGGUUACACAAGGACUUAUUCGAACAAGAUGACAUUUGCUACCGUGAAGGGUGGAGGGCACACUGCACCUGAGUACAAGCCUAAAGAAUGUUUCAUAAUGUUCAAAAGGUGGACAUCACAUGAACCAUUGUAAAUGUAAAAGAAAUUUGGUUCAUUACUUAAACCAUGUUAUAUUCAUUGGUUUUAAGAAAAACAAUUCAACUUAGACAUCUCACAUCUCCAUGACACUGUCAAUAAAUAAUGAGUUGGUUACUAAA